AUGUCCCUGGCCGCCAACUCCGUGAGGGGCCCCACAAAGCCCCCAGCCAAAGGCAGCUUCCCCUUAGACCGGGACCACCGCUGCAGCGCGGAGCAGCACCGCUACCUGCGCUGCCUCACGCAGCAGCAGCAGCAGCAGCAGCAGCAGCAGCAGCAGCAGCAGCAGCAGCAGCAGCAGCAGCAGUUUGAGGCGUACGACCACCUGCCGUGCCGCGAGCUGGCGAAGGCCUUUCUCAAGUGCCGCAUGGACACCAAUUUGAUGCAGCAGGAGGACUUCGAGCAGCUCGGCUUUGCUGCUUCCCCUCAAGCAGCAGCAGCAGCAGCAGCAGCAGCAGGUGCAGCAGCAGCAGGUGCAGCAGCAGCAGGGCCAGCAGGGGCUGCAGCAGUCGACGGCCUGGCAGGAACAGCCGCCUCGCCCGAACGCGGCGCAGCCCCAACUGCAGCAGCAGCAGCAGCAGCGCCAGCAGCAGCAGCAGCAGCAGCAGCAGCAGCACCAGCAGCAGCAGCAGCAGCAGCAGCAGCAGCAGCAAAGUCAAAAGAAGACACAGGCUACCUGGCAGGCAUUUCCGCGCUGCAGCCAUAUACUAACAGGGGCUUCUUUGGGCGAGUUGUGGCUCGCUUUAGUUGGCCGAAGCAGUUUCUGCAGCCUUUCUUUUCCCGCAGCAGCAGCAGCAGCAGCAGCAGCAGCAGCAGCAGGAAGGGGAUGCAGCUGUUGCCUUCGGAGCCGAGUGACGCGGGAAGCAGCAGCAGCAGCAACAGCAGCAGCAGCAGCGGGAGGACCAGCGUGGGCUUCGAUAGACUCGACCACUACCCAGAUAGCAGCAGCAACAGCAGCAGGAGCAGCAGCAGCAGCAGCGACUCCGCAGCAGCAGUUUGA